UGUCGACUAGUGUGGCAGUUACAGCUUCCUAGCUCAUUUUUUUCUGGGUAAGGCUCAAUACUUACCAGCAUCCCCUAGUAUAUAUCCUUGUAGCUUUCUGUUUCCAGUACAGGUUGCCAAUUAUGACUUCUUUUCAAUCACUAUCUGUUCACCAACAGCUCCAUUAGUUUGCCAUGUUGUACUUGUCAAAAGCUUUUGUGUAGUUAGUAAAGCAAUAUACAUAUCCUUGUUUACAUGUAUGCAGAGCCAUGACUUCCUUAGAUCCAAUCUUCUGACUGCGGAUUUUACAUUUCCUGCUUCUGGUUCACACCUUGUAAAUUCUGUCAUGAAUCAUUAAAAAGAAACCUUAAGCAAAUAGCUCAUUAAGAUUAUCAUUUGAAGAAAAAGUAUGAAGACAUUCUAUUAACACAUGCUUCUGUGAAUACAUAAAGUCCAGGAACUUCUCUGGGCUGUUUUGUUUUGUUUUUGUUAGCCACACUGUAUUUCAGAUUUCUAUAUAUCUGGUCCAGUAUCAAUACCUGGUACAAUAAGAUGUCUUGACCUGUUGUCUCCAAAACAUUUCUAUGACCUCACUUAACACGUGAUUUUACCUUUGAGGUCAAGAAUGGGAGAAUCCGUACUUUCCAUCAAUAUUGAGCAUUGUUUUGUAUUUUCAAAUAUCCCUACUACUUAAUAUUUUAAUGCAUGUUAAAGGAGUUAUGGGCCUUUUGUGGAUUUUCUCUUUCAGUACUGGAUUUCAAUCACCACUUUUCUUCAGCUUCCCUAAUCUAGUCUAGGCUCACAAAGUACAGCACGGUGUUUACACAGUGGCCGACUAGAUGCCCAUGGGAAGUUCAUAAACAGGACAUAAAUCAAAUAAUUACAAUUGUACACCACUGUUUGUCACUGUAUACAUUAGUGCACUCACCAAUACUGAUGUGUAAAUACACAUGGGCAGUGGAAGGCCAUUUAAAGGUGACACUUCCAAUGUAUCUUAUUCAAUAAGGUGAUAAAAGGUAGUAGUAACAUAAUGUGCAUAGAAACAAAGUAAGCUUGUCUUCUGUAUUAUACUGUGAAGUGAUGGAGAUAAUCUUGAUGCUCUGUCUUGAUGAUUCUGUCUUUACGCUACAAUUUAAAAGGCCAUUUUGGUAAGGUAAGCACAAAUCGCUUUUUGUGUUUUCCCAUAUGCAAAAAAAGCAUUAGUUCCGAUGCCUAAAAUGAAGCACGCUCGCAGCAAGAGGAAAAGCAGAGAGUCCACUUUAAAGUGCAGUGUUUCCUGUUAGCAUAUGUGAGACUUGCCGCCUCUUCCGUAUUACUGCCGCUUUGUAACCUCGAGAAGUGAGCUCCUAGAUUCUGCUGAGAGGGAGCUUAAUUUGCAAAAAAGGAGGGGCCCAAUCUGUUUAGCGGGCGAGAAAGGCAUUCGGGACCUGAUGCGCAACACCUCAGGGCUGGAUUAACGGGCAGUCCCGGCAACAGGUUGCCUUCUUACAAACAACAGGCUGGACCUGUGCGGGGAAUUGGCUUGAGGCUGCCCGACUCUUGCUGCUGACGAGGUUCCCUCAGCCCUGCCGCCUCCUCCUCCAGUUUCCAUUUUGCCCUCGGAAGCGACAAGCGGCGCUUUUGCUUCCCUUCCGUGAAAGAAGGGACCCGGGAAAUCCCGUCGCCGCCACCGCGGGGAGCCGCGCCUCCUCCUCCUGUUGCUGCCGAGGCCAAGCAUUUGCACCGGCAUCGCCCACCUGUUUGGGGAACUGAGGCGGGGCCGCCUUUUCCUUUCGUUUUCUUGCAGGACGCGUCGCUGCUCCUCCGUUCUGCUCCUUCGAGGCCAUGGAGAACGGCGACCAGGUCUACGUCGGAACCACCGUGCCCGCGGGGGCGACGCCGGGCAAGGGCCCCUUCUGGAGAAGUUGCUCCAUCGGCCACUUGGGCCUUCUGCGAUUGUCGCUCAAGGUUUCGCAACUGGUACUGUCUUUCCUUGCAUUUGUGCUUGAAGAAGUUGUGAGUCAAUGCACCCGCUGCAGUGGGCUUUAUUUCUUUGAGUUUGUCAGCUGCAGUGCCUUCCUCUUAUGCAUCCCGAUUCUUUUCAUCUGCUGCACUUCUUUUUAUGAAAGGAUAGGAAAGGAGAAAGUAAACAAACUGGAUACGUGGAUCUUAAUAUCAGUGGGAGCCUUUUUCCUCCUAGCUUCAAUUGUGUUUUCUGCAACCAGUGACAAGACAUCAGUUGAAACUGCUGCUUUUGUAUUUGGAUAUUUUGCAAGUUUUGCAUUUCUUCUGGAUGCUGGUCUACUGGUUUAUAAACUGUGUAAAGCCAAAGAAGAGAGGCAACCAGAAAAUACAGGCAACGCACUGAAUGCCAUAGAGAAUCAGCCUCUGAAUAACCAGCAAGCCUAAGCUAUGAAGCACAGCAGUUUCUUCUGAUCAGACAUUCAGUGAAGCCAAAAAGAUUCUGCCUUCCUAAAAUGUCCAGAUCGUUACAUUUUACUUGUUUCGUAUUCACCAUCCUAGAGCUUAAUCUUUGCACAGCACCUGUAUAUGUACAGUUCUGAAUUGUGAUCUCACCAACCCAGCCCCAAAACAACACCAGAUGUGCAUAGUUGUGUACAUUUACUGCACACCAUUAAUUAAUAAUAAUAAUUGGGGGAGGAUUUCUAGGACAUUCACAUUUUCUCUGCAACCUACAUUUAAACCCAUAA